AUGGCUGUUAAAUUUUACAAAGAAAUGUACGGCUCAAGAAAAUCAUUAGAGAAUAACAUUUGGUCAGCGGUAACAUUCAUUUGCGGCAUAUUCAUCUACGUUAUCACGUGGGUUCUACUUGGACAAAACAAAGAAGAAUCUUUGUCUCCUAAAGAAUGGAAGCAAUUCAUGUAUCUUGGUAUCAUCAUAGUCUCUGUUGGAAAUCUUUUCAAUCUCAUAUUCCACGUACUGACAGUGGAACCACCACCAACACCACCAGCCAGGGAAAACAACAACAGGCCUUGUUUACCAAAUGAUGAAGACCAGAAUAGAGGCAUGUCAGCGGUAACAUUCAUUUGCGGCAUAUUCAUCUACGCUAUCACGUGGGUUCUACUUGGACAAAACAAAGAAGAAUCUUUGUCUCCUAAAGAAUGGAAGCAAUUCAUGUAUCUUGGUAUCAUAAUAGUCUCUGUUGGAAAUCUUUUCAAUCUCAUAUUCCACGUAUUGACAGUGGAACCGGCACCACCAACACCACUAGCCAGGGAAAACAACAACAGGCCUUGUUUACCAAAUGAUGAAGACCAGAAUAGAGCUAUAUUAGAAGUAUCUUCGCUACCGAAUUCUAAUGUUGGAACAUCACCCCGUGAAAGACAAGAAGAGUCGUUAUCAAUAACAAGUCAAUCAACGUCAGGCAGGGAAGCAGUAGAGAUAAGUGAUCAUAGUAUCGAAAACCACGAUAAAACAUGGAAAGACUGGCUGAAAUAUCCACCGUUUUAUACAACCAAUAUGCUGUACACGUGUAGCCGCCUUGUUGUUAAUAUCUCGCAAGCCUAUUUUCCGCUAUACCUAAUAGAGACUCUCAAAUUUGAAAAGGAAUCUAUAGCAUAUUUCCCAUUGAUCAUUUUAGUAAGUGGAGUAUUGUCUAGUUCUGUUGUAAAGCCCAUGAACAAACGCCUUGGCAACAAAAUUACAUAUUCUAUUGGAGGUUUUAUCGCGCUCGCUUCGUGCUUCUGGUUUUAUUUUCAAUCAAUCGAAGGCCGAAAUGCUGUUUAUGCGACGGCAGUACUUAUAGGCUGCGGUAGCUCGAUUAUGCUUGCUACGUCACUGUCAAUGAUAGCAGAACUUAUUGGCGAACACAAGUAUCUUGGUAUCAUCAUAGUCUCUGUUGGAAAUCUUUUCAAUCUCAUAUUCCACGUACUGACAGUGGAACCACCACCAACACCACCAGCCAGGGAAAACAACAACAGGCCUUGUUUACCAAAUGAUGAAGACCAGAAUAGAGCUAUGAUAGAAGUAUCUUCGCUACCGAAUUCUAAUGUUGGAACAUCACCCCGUGAAAGACAAGAAGAGUCGUUACUAAUAACAAGUCAAUCAACGUCAUGCAGGGAAGCAAUAGAGAUAAGUGAUCAAAGUACCGAAAACCACGAUAAAACAUGGAAAGACUGGCUGAAAUAUCCAGCGUUUUAUUCAAUCAAUAUGCUGUACACGUGUAGCCGCCUUGUUGUUAAUAUCUCGCAAGUCUAUCUUCCGCUAUACCUAACAGAGACUCUCAAAUUUGAAAAGGAAUCCAUAGCAUAUUUCCCAUUGAUCAUUUUAGUAAGUGGAGUAUUGUCUAGUUCUGCUGUAAAGCCCAUGAACAAACGCCUUGGUAACAAAAUAACAUAUUCUAUUGGAGGUUUUAUCGCGCUCGCUUCGUGCUUCUGGUUUUAUUUUCAAUCAAUCGAAGGCCGAAAUGCUGUUUAUGCGACGGCAGUACUUAUAGGCUGCGGUAGCUCGAUUAUGCUUGCUACGUCACUGUCAAUGAUAGCAGAACUUAUUGGCGAACACAAGACAUCAGGAGCGUUUGUGUAUGGUACAAUCGGUUUUACAGACAAAGUGUCCAGUGGUAUUAUCAUAGCGAUCAUUCAACAACUAAAUCCACGACCCAGUGGAAACAGUUUGGAGUGCCUACCAUGUGAUCRGUUUAUUCGYCAUGUUAUAAGCAUGACUCCUGGAUGUUYGACRCUGGUCGGACUGUUCUUAAUAACGUUCUUCUUCAAGUCAGUGUUUACUUGUACUCGUAAUGCAACUCAAACAUGCCAAAAUGAAGAUGAAUUUAACAGACAAACAAGUGCAACUCAUCCCCAAGAGAGGAAUGACACUUUAACCACAGAGGAACCACUAUUUCCACCUUGCAUGGAUGCAGAUUCUACUGCUCACCGCCGAUCAGUUGAAGGAGAUCCUCAGACAAACACGUGUGAUGCCACUCCCAGUCCAGAUCUUACUGAAAGUCAGCUUUGAAAUAACCACAGAUUCUGAUUUCAAUUUAUUCUUAAAGCCAGUGCAUAUAUGGGUUCAGCAAUGUUGGUUUAAAGUUUAGACUAGUGUCAUGAAAUAUGUAAUUUGAUAGGUUAAACUAGCGUCCUUUUUAAAGGCCUAAAAGUGGUUGGAAUGUCUGUUUUGGAUCUCCUGUGCCAAAAAUGUGGAGCGAUGCAGAAGUCUGGUAACUAACAUUUCAUGACGUCAUUCACGGAACUCGUCAGUCAGUUUCCACUCAAAAAACUAUCGAAAUUCUAUUUAAUCCCGUACUUCAAGAAUACGAUUCCUUUUCCAAAAUGCCCGAUCGCAGUAGUCGAAAGUUGUGGUAACAUAAACAGUCGUGAAAACGCUAUUUCCUAGCACAAAAUUCAGUAAUUCGCGCCCAGCGACAAGAGGCAAUUCGACGCCGAAAGAGACGAGACAUACACAUUAGCCAACUUUGCAAAAACAUUAAUUUUGUGAGUAAUAAGACUGGAAAACACGCGAAAGCUCUUCUUUCCAUAAAAGCCUGAAUGAAGCCUUUUAUACCAAUACAGUUUGCCCGUCCAUACUCAUACACUUUGCCUAAUAAUGCAGGAUAUGAUUGCGUAGCUACUAUUGCGUAGUUUGCCCGUCCGAAAAUGAAAGUCGUCGUCGAUAAAGUGGUCAUUUGCGCAUUGAUUGGUUUCAGUUUCAACUUCAUAAUUACUCGUAACGAGAAUCACUGCAUUCACUGCUGCAAUCAGUUCUGUGAAGUUUAGUGUUGUUUACCGUAAGCUUGUUCCGUGAAUGACGUCACUGGACUUACUGGUACCAGGCCUCCAUAACGCUCAACUUUUAUCAGCUCAUUCCGCAGUUUGAAAGCUUAAAAAUAUACGAAAUUUAUAUAG